AUGUCGAUUGUGGCCAUUCUGCUGGUGAGCUUCGCCUGGGACAUCGGUGGGCACAACAACGUUGCCGCCUUUAUUACGAUGCUGGUUGGCGUCAUCUUCAUUGGGAUGUCGUGCAACUACGGCAGCAGUGUGUUCUUGGGCUACAUGGAGCGCAUGCCGCCUUGGCAGAUCAGCUCGUGGUCGUCCGGAACGGGAUUGUCGGGUGUUGCCGCCUCGCUCAUAUUUCUUGGCUUGACCUCCGCUAGCAUGACUAACGCACAGAUCUUCUUGCUUAGCAUCGUUUUUGUCAUUGUCUACUGGCUCAUGUAUUUCUUCGGUCUCAAGUUGCCCUUUUGUGUGCCGGAGAGCUCUGCCAGCACGACGGAGGGAAUUGCCCUUUUUUCUUUUUUGCUGUCAUUCCUGUCCUCCGCCCCUCUCCCUCUCCCUCGUGUUGCUUCACUGCGCAUUCCGGUUUUGUCAGUUCUCUCUUUUUUUUUGUACUAUUAUUUUUCUUUUUCACCACGAAAAGAAAAAAAAAGAAAACAAACAACUAAACUGACGCUCCCCCGCUUUUUUUUUACGUCUUUUCUUCUCUUUUUUCUGACUUUCUAUUGCGUUUAG